AACAACAUCUCCACCGAAUUAACAGAUUUCAACACGGUCUUUGUGAUUUACAACAAAUAUGAGCAUUGACACGAAUAUUUUAAAAACAUUGCAGACUGGAAAUGAACAGGAUGUAUGUUUAGUGCUCGAGGCUUUUACGACAAAGAAUGCACAGACCUUCAGUUUUCCUGAACUGACUUUGGAUGUAAAACAGAAAUGUGUGGAGGCCAUCCUGGACCUCCUGCGGGUACAGGGUGCUGCCAAAUGCCACAUCCUAUGCCUGGAGACACUGAGACUGUUUAGUCGUGAGAAAGAGAAAUUGGCAGGCAUGAUAUCGGAGGUGGCUCUCAACCUGAUGAUGAAGAUGGCAGGUCUCCAGCAUUACUCUGAAGAGGAGGGCGAGUGUGUAACCAUACAGAAUGGUGACCCUGAUGUGAUGGUGGAAGCACAGAAGUGUCUUUGUAACUUAAUAUUCAACAAUGUUCAAGUCCAGAGAGUCUGCAGUAAAAAUGGAUGUGUGGAGGGGAUCAUACAGCGACUGAAGACGUACAAAGACCCUGAUCUUAAAUUUGAAAUAAAGUUCUUUGAUAUGAGGAUGCUGUUCCUGUUGACUGCCCUGUGUGCUGAAACAAGACCCUUGAUCCGUUAUGAGUUGCACGGGUUUACAUAUCUGAUGGAAGUUGUUGACUUAAUCCUACGGGAUGCAGAUGCUCGACAGUCUGGACUCACAGAACAGGAAGUUGAUCUCUGCUGCGAAAUCCUCAAAAUUCUCUUUAACAUCACAGUCCCGAUUGAUAAAAAUGCUUUAGAUGAGGAAGAGGAAGCUCACUUCAUGCGCCUGGUCAGUGUACUGCGGGACCUAUUGAUGUGUAGAACACAGAGCAAAGAUCGUCAGGAGGAACUGAAGAGUCACACGGUGAACCUACUAACAAACAUCCCACGAGACUGCUAUGAGGAGUUACUUAUCCCUCUUAACGAGAUUGACGUUGGUGGCAUGGAGAAUAAAGAUGUAGAGUUUGAUGGGAAAAAUAUGGAGGCAGUUAUAGUCCUGCUGGACUUUCUGUACAACAGGCUAGACGUGCCGAUGAAGUCGCUGAAGGAAAGCCUCACUCCUAUUCUUCAUUGCCUGUGUGAGACAUGUAGGGCUAAUAGAGCUAUCCGCAAGUUCUGUCGCUCUAAGGUGUUACCACCUUUGAAGGAUGAGGUGAAGAAAUUACCAGAAGAUGGAGAUACACUUAGAAACAGACUAUGUAAGCUGUUAACAUCACCGAUCACAGAUGUGAAGGACCUGGCUGCUGAUUUUCUGUUUGUUUUGUGUAAAGAGAGUGUCAACAGAAUGGUGAAGUACACUGGCUAUGGGAACAGUGCUGGGCUCCUAGCCAAUCGGGGUCUUCUGCUCGGAGGGAAGUCAGGGGGAGACUACUCCAGCAACUCGGAUGACUCGGACACAGAAGAGUAUAGCCAACUGCGAGACAUGGUAAAUCCUGUUACUGGAAGGUGGGAGGAGGACAAACCAGACCCUUUUGAGGGGAUGAGUGAAGAACAGAAGGAGUUUGAAGCCAUGAAAUUGGUCAACAUGAUGCACAAACUCCAAUGCCAAGGGAUAAUACAGCCGAGUGGUGUGGAUGAGUCUGGCCGUCCUCAGCCUGUUGAACAUGUUCUAGAACUGAUGGAAAACAUGACCAACCCCAGUGGAGCAACAGGGGAGCAGGAGGAGCUGGAUUAGGAACCCUAUCAGAGAAAGGCCAGAAUGGGCCAUUUUAUCGUCUGCUCUUUAUAAAGACAGAUGAACGGUAUAUUUCCACAUAUACCUGGGUUGCAAUCUUGCCAAUUUUGACAAGUGCCGGGUUUGAAGCUGGAAUUCAGAACCUGAUGACAUUUUUUGCGCCACAAAUUACGGCAAGCAAAGUUUUGUCAAAUAUUUUAACUACGCAGGUUGGCAGAUAGAUGGUGUUUGUACACAUGUUUGAACAAACUUACACUGGCUGUGGAAUCAAUAUUCUGUAAGCAGCAUUAAAUAAUCUACCUUGUGUUGUCUUUAGAUCUGAAAAACACUGCCUGAUGAUCUGGAAUAUCUAUCAUAUUAUAAAGCUAUAAUCUCUCAUAUAUAUUUCUGUUUUGUAAAAUUUCUAAAAUGUACUUUAAUAAAACAGAAAAUGGUAUACAUCAUAAAUUCCUCUGUUUAAUAGAUUUCAUUGUUUUGAUAAUUUCAAGAGAUUACAGGAACAUGAAACAAAAUCAUAUUACCUGGGUAUUUGGAUUUUGAUAAUGGCUAUCUAAUGAAAAAUUUCUAACAGAAAAGAUCUAGGGGGUAAUUGUAGUUUAAAAAUAUGGAAUUUUUCCAAUGGUAUAAAACUGAAAAGUAUCAAGCAUAUAUUUCUUUUUUGUGUUUAUUAUAUGUAUAUUAAUUCACUCAAUUUAAGAUAUUUUGUGGAGCAUUUUUGGAAGGUGCAAGUCUCCUAAAAAAAUGAACAAAAUUAAAAUCUGCUAUAUUACAGAAAGAGACACAGGGUUUAUAUGAAUGGCGAUUACAAUUAACACCUGCAGGAUAAAUUUUAAGGUCAUUUUGAAAAUCCAGGUCCAGAUGAAUCAAAGAUCAAGGUAGAGUAGUAUAAAGUAUUAAGCCAACAUAUAUCAUAGAGAGAUAUUUGAGAUUUGAAUGAGGCGAGGGAAUGCUGCCAAGAUAUUGAUGAUAGUGGUGAGGGUUCCCUCUCCUCUGUCUUAUAGUGGCAGUAGUCAUAGAAGAGAGAGCUUAUUUCUUACAGGGUUUUCUAUUGCAAAGUAUUUUUGAUAAGGAAUAUGAAACUGGUAGUAAAUUUCUCAAUGUCUACGGCUGUUAUAUUUUGAAAAUAUUGGAAAUGUCAUCUUCUUAUAAUGUUUUAAUUUUUUUUGUGUUGAUAUAUUAGAGGACAUAAAAUAUAAGAAAGGUAUGAUCUGGUUUUAAAUCUUCAGUGCUUUGAAAAAAAAAAUUUUGAUCAAUAUUUAAAAUAAUGAUUCUCAAACAUGCGUACUAUAUCUUCUGAUUAAAAAUUUAAUAAAUCAUUAUAGAUUCUGUGAAAGAAAAUUUUGGAAAAUGGAAUUUUGACAAAGAUAUAAGUUAGUGAUCUAGAAGAUCUUGAUGGUUACUUGACAGAUGCACUAUGUGAUAUUUGAAUGAUGGAAUUUCGACUAUUCACUAUCUGUAGAUUAACAUUUCAUACAACCAAACAGACUUUUUCAAUACUUAAAUGCAUAGGUGGUUUCUUCAUAGUCAACAGCUGGUUGCUACUUCAAUGAACAACAUACAGGAGGCCCGUCACUUGCUAUUCAGAGCAGUUGAGUAAUGUGCUGUGUCCAAGGACAUAACAAAUACAGCAAAUGACGGCCUCUCAGCAUCUUGAAAAAUAUAAACUGCUCUGAGUAAGGAUCGUUAAACCACACACCUCAGAUUGUCGCCUCCAAUAUUCUUACAACUGAGCUAUCAGACCCUUAUGUGUGGGCCAGAAACAGUGCAAAAAUAGGACUUGUAUGUAGGCCAGGAAUUGUACAGAAAUAGGAUUUGUAUGUAGGUCAGGAACAGUACAGAACAGAAAUAAGACCUGUUUAGGCCAGGAACAGUAUAGAUGUAAGUGUUGUGUGUAGGCCAGGAACACUACAGAACAGAAAUAAGACCUGUUUAGGCCAGGAACAGUAUAGAUGUAAGUGUUGUGUGUAGGCCAGGAACAGCACAGAACAGAAAUAAGACCUGUUUAGGCCAGGAACAGUAUAGAUGUAAGUGUUGUGUGUAGGCCAGGAACAGUACAGAACAGAAAUAAGACCUGUGUAGGCCAGGAACAGUAUAGAUGUAAGUGUUGUGUGUAGGCCAGGAACAGUACAGAAGCAAGACUUGUGAACAGCACCUCUCAGAGGUACAUGUAUAAAUGUAGUCACUGAGAAGCCAAACAGCAGAGAGAUUUGGUAUGUCGACGAUAGUUUGAAGUUUGUUACUUUGAGUAAAAAGAAAAGUGUUUGGAAAAAGAACCAAAGCUAUACAACUUGGAAUUACAUUGAUUAUUGAUAUAAUGGGCAUAUUGAUUUCAAAUUCUGUUAUAGAUGUCAUGUAGAAAAUAGAAAUGUCAAACAUUGUAUAUGUAUGUCCUUCCUUUCCAGUCCUCUUGUGAUUGUAUGUGAAAGUUUGAACUUUUAAACAUUUAAUUAGCUAUAAGUAUUACUUUGUAAAAUCAUUAAUUAUCUUGGGUAUGUUAUUUGGUAAAGGGAGGUAACCUCAUAGAUCGCGUUACUGUGUGACUUAAUUCACCUUUUAUCGUUAGGUGAAACCAAAUGUGAUGAGAUGUCAGAUUACAGUGAUAUGGAUGAGUAAGAAGGUUAAUGUCAGAUUACACAGGUUUUGUAUAACUGUAUAUAGUGAUGAUGUAAAUAGUCACGUCAUUGUCUGGUGUUUUACAACCUAGGUUAUAGAGGAGCUUUAAUAUAUUGCUACACGUUUACAGUACAGACUGAUGUUUCAACUACAUAAAGUAAAAAAAAAAAAACAUCUAAUGGCUACUAGCAGUUGCUAUGACGUCAUAGUGGCAUAAUAACCACCAACUGUGACUCCUGUUGUGUUAAAAAUGACGGUAUGAGUAAGGCGUUGCUAUCGCUGUUUAAUGUUUCAGUGAUGUAUGAGUUUCUAGUCUAGCAUACUGAAGGUAAAUUGUGACAUACUUGUGUAAUGCUACUAAAGACACAUUCAUGAAAUUCUUUUCUCUCAAGUUCUAAUGAAAUUGUGUUUGCAGUUAUAUGACAGAUUACAGAAUUUUUGUUGACAUGUUGAUCUUUAGUAUGAUAUUGUAAACCAGCUUUCUUCCUCGGCUAUAAUCUUGAAUAAUUUCUACAUCACAAGUUCACAGCAACUGAUUUUGUAAAACAAACUAUACUCUGAUCUGUAACAAUUGAGUUUUGUAAAACAGACUAUAACUGUACUCUGUUAAGCUUUAAUAGUUGUUUGUCAUCCCUGUCUUAAUUUGUGACUAUUAACAUUUUGCAAAUUUAUUUUUAUCAAUUGCAUAUUAAAAUAGAAAGUUGGUUAACAGUAAUACUCAUUUAGAUCUCAAUUCCUACCAUUAUAUUCACCUCCUUCAGGUGGUAUAGCAUAGCACCUAUUGUUGUUUUAUUUGUGUAUUGUGUAAUGUGUACUAGAGGUUCAUUUUCAUGUCAUGGGGCCAUUAAGUGUAAGAUUAGAUAAAUACCAUUUAUCCUCACUUAACCUCAGAUCUCAGUCAAAACUUUAUAAAACUGUUAAAAUAUAUCUCUUGCCCAAAGAAUUUCUAAAUUAUUGUAAUUUAUCUAAUUUUUCAGCAAAGCAAAUGGAAAGAAAGUUAUUUACAGAUUGCAAAAUAUUAUAUAGUACCUGUAUAAGUAUUUGGUUUAUAAAACUUUCAUCAUAGUCCACUAUAGGAAUGAGUGGAAUACCAUGAAAUCAUUGUUCGAGAACUAAAUGUACACUGCCUACUUCUGUGAGAAUGUUAAAUAGGUAUUACAGGCUUGACUUUAAAUCAUUAUUGUGUUAUGUGCAUUAUUGUACGUCGAUCAGUUCUGUGGUAGUGUCUGGACUCUGUAUAUUAAGCUAAAUCAUGAGUAUGCAAAGUGUGAAUGUGGAUCAAUGAAAUGGACCAAUCAAAACUUGUUUUAUAGUAAUUAUUGAUAUCAAAAUUCAGUAAAACAUUUGAGAGAUGAAGUACAUUGUAAAUGUUAUAAUCUCUAUGAUUAUUUUGUGACUGAAUAGACAAGUUCGGAACUUUAUGGUCGCUUACAUAUUUCACUUUUUGUUCAACAGAAAAUGAAAACUUAAUAUGGUCGUGUUGUAUACAUUGCUUACAGUGGAGUAAAGUUGUUUUCAGGAAAAGGCAAUCUUUCUACACAGAUGUUGUGUUUGGAACUGCUUGGAUAAUGGAUGUAGAGAAAUGUCAUUAUUUUUAAAGACAGUUGAUCAGUUUAAAAUAGACAUUUAUAUCACAUCGGUGCUCAUAUUAAGUUGCUUACAUAUAGAGAGAUACAGUUCAUGAGACAAUGUUAUAGUUUUCUUAAAACUUGCUUAAAAUACUCCAGAAAAAUUACCUGAUUCGUUUAUGUAAAAUAUGUAUAAAACAAUUUCACAAAAUGGGCCAUGCCCACACAAAAGUAAAAAACAAAUUUACAAUAGACUUUAUAGUAUUUUGUUAAUAUUUCACAUCUAUAUCAGCGUUCAUGUUUUGCAUUUCAUGUCAAAAGCAGUCUUAUAACAGACUUAAGGGUAUUUUGUCUACUAUUCAUUAAUAUUUGAUUGAUAGACCUAACAUGUAUUGUUAUGAUUGAUUUUAGACACUAAUGAUCUUGCCUGAAAUCUAUACUCUGAAAAUUUGUUUUAGGAACAGAAGAACACAUCUGUGACUCGACAAAAACAAAAGCACACUACAGUAUUCAUUAGGUGCUUCACUAAUAUCAUGGUGAUACUUUUUAUCAUGUAAGUGUUGAGGUUUACUUAAUUGUUAACGGUAAAUAUUAAAAACAAAGCAUUAUGUCCUUGGAAUUGUCUUUGUUGUAUAGCAUUGAGAAACAUUUUAAAUGGAUAAAUCUAGUAGGGAAAAAAAAGAAAGAAAAAGAUUUUUAAAAAAUGAAUGCUCUUGGGUGCCUGUGUGAGAGGUCAGCCAUAUUUUGUGGUUAGGCUGAUGUUGUAAUGUAAGGUUCUAUAACAUAUAAACAUUAUUUUUUAAAAAGUGCUGAUUUAAAAUAUUCAAUAUUAGCUUCAAUUAUAAUUUAUUGUGAGAAUGUGAUCAUAUAAAAUCCAAAUAAAGUCAUGUCUGAAAGUA